AUGACAGACAUGAGCAAACAGUUUGAAGACCCGAAUGCGAAGCCCAGGUGUUUGUGGUCACUGCACAAGUCGUCGACGGCCACUGAUCCGCACUUUCACGACAAACUCAAACCCAAACCCAAGAUAUUGUCCAAUAUAUUGGAACAGAUCGGAGACACACCACUCGUGAGGCUAAACAAGAUUCCCAAAGAGUAUGGCAUUAAGUGUGAAGUGUUGGCCAAAUGCGAGUACUUUAACGCCGGCGGAAGUGUUAAGGACAGGAUCGCACUGAAGAUGGUUUGCGACGCCGAACGCGAUGGUGUUCUUCGCGAGGGAUUCACUAUCAUUGAGCCCACGAGUGGUAACACUGGUAUAGGGUUGGCGUUGGCGGCGGCCGUCAAGGGAUACAAAUGCAUAAUUGUUAUGCCGGAGAAGAACUCUAAGGAGAAAUAUUGCACNGAACGCGAUGGUGUUCUUCGCGAGGGAUUCACUAUCAUUGAGCCCACGAGUGGUAACACUGGUAUAGGGUUGGCGUUGGCGGCGGCCGUCAAGGGAUACAAAUGCAUAAUUGUUAUGCCGGAGAAGAACUCUAAGGAGAAAGUGAAAGUAUUGCACGCUUUAGGGGCUAAGAUUAUCCGCACACCGACUUCGGCCAGUUAUGUCUCCCCUGAGAGUAACAUAAAAGUUGCUCAAAAACUCUGCCAACAGAUCGAGAAGUCUGUAAUUUUAAAUCAAUACCGCAAUGUUAACAACCCUUUGGCCCAUUACGACAGCACCGCUGAAGAGAUACUCCACCAGACAGACCAUAACGUGGAUAUGGUUGUCGUGGGCGCCGGCACUGGAGGUACAGUCACUGGCAUCGGACGUAAACUCAAAGAAGUACUGCCCGACUGUAAGGUUGUUGGAGUUGAUCCGUUUGGUUCAAUACUGGCUCUGCCCGAAGACAUUAAUAAAUCGGACACAACUUUCUAUGAAGUGGAAGGCAUUGGAUAUGAUUUCAUUCCCACAGUUUUGGAUCGAAGUGUUGUCGACAAGUGGUAUAAAUCUGAAGACAAAUCAUCGCUAGAAAUGUCUCGAAAGCUCAUCGCAGAGGAAGGGCUACUCUGUGGCGGUUCUUCGGGCAGUGCAGUCGUGGCCGCACUGAAGGCGGCAAAAGAUCUUCGGGAAGACCAGAGAUGUGUUGUCAUACUUCCGGAUGGAGUUCGCAAUUAUAUGACAAAAGAAACUUUGCCACAAAUGCUGAGGAGGAAGAGGAGCAGAACUGGCAUCGGACGUAAACUCAAAGAAGUACUGCCCGACUGUAAGGUUGUUGGAGUUGAUCCGUUUGGUUCAAUACUGGCUCUGCCCGAAGACAUUAAUAAAUCGGACACAACUUUCUAUGAAGUGGAGGGCAUUGGAUAUGAUUUCAUUCCCACGGUUUUGGAUCGAAGUGUUGUCGACAAGUGGUAUAAAUCUGAAGACAAAUCAUCGCUUGAAAUGUCUCGAAAGCUCAUCGCAGAGGAAGGGCUACUCUGUGGCGGUUCAUCGGGCAGUGCAGUCGUGGCCGCACUGAAGGCGGCAAAAGAGCUCCGGGAAGACCAGAGAUGUGUUGUCAUACUUCCGGAUGGAGUUCGCAAUUAUAUGACA